GGGCUGACGUGGUCCGCGCUGAGGCGGGUGCGGGGCGGGCGCUGGCGACAUGGCGGCGGCGGGCAGCGAGGGCGGGAGGAGCGACGGAGCGGAGGAGGACGAGGUGGAGGAGCAACUGGUCAUGGUCGAGCUAUCGGGAAUUAUUGAUUCAGACUUCUUAGAAAAAUGUGAAAACAAGUGCAAGAUUUUGGGAAUAGAGACAGAGAAGCCCAUUUUACAAGUGGACAGAUAUGUAUUUGCAGGAGAAUAUGAAGAUGCCUUGGGAACCUGUGUGGUUUUUGAAGAAAACACCGAACAAGAUGCAGAAGGCAACCAAAAGGUACAGCUGAAAUACAAGUGCCACACAGUGAAGAAGYUGAACAUGACACGGACCCUUCUGACAGAAAAGAAGGAAGGAGAAGAGAAUGUUGGUGGAGUAGAGUGGUUACAGAUCAAGGACAGAGAUUUUUCCUACAGCAGGCCUAAUAUGAUUUGCAGUUUUCUGCAUGAAAAGGAUGAUUCUGAGGAGUCAGCUCAGGCCCAAGACAAAUUGCCUGAAGAGUCAGAGGGAGAGGUGUGUGCCAAAGAAAAUUCUAACAUGAAUAGUGACCUGGAGAAGCAGCACACCUUGGAAAUAGAUGCCUCUGUUCCUCUGCCUGACAGCUCUGCUUCUGCGGCAGAGGAAUGUCCUUCAGGAAAUGCUGCCUUAGAAGAUAUACCUCCAUGAUAUCAACUCUGAUCUUUCAAUGAUUUCUUCAUGGAAUUAAUGGGCCAACUUUUAUAGGCCAUGACAUGAUUUCCACUUUAUCUGAAAAACUAAYAGCGGAAAAACAGACAUUGUGUUCUUGUGCAUUGCUUUCGUGUUUGAAUUAUAGUGGGAAGAGCUUCAGUGUUUUUUAAAWUUACUGACUGGAAAAGUAUGUAUCCCUACCUCAAAACUGAACAAGUGGAAAUGGUUACAUAAUUAAAAGAAACUCCUAUCUUAGAAAAAAGCUAAUGUAUUGUACAGUCUGGAACAUUUUGUAAAWAGGAAAAAAUAUUGUUUAAAAUAAAGUCCUGAAUUUUUCAA